GCGAAACGAGGAAUAACGGCCUGACGCAGUUAGUUGUUGUUUGUAUGAGUUCGCGUUACAUACGGUUAACUGGCACGGACUUUGUAUGCUCGGCGCCAGAGUUUCCAUGCUGUUAUUCAAGGUCGGUGCUUUGAAUGCAGGCAGCAGAUAGAGGCGUUCCUAGCCGCUCUGCUAGCUCGGUUUGUGGUAUUUUGUUUCGUUGAGAGGAAUGCAACGGCCGCCGAGCUGCACUUCUGUCUAGCUUCCUGGAUGAUGAACUCCUCUUUUUAUGACUAAAUAUAGUUACCUCCUGUUUGCCUACUGAUAUAAAUUAUUUUAAAAUAUGGCGAACUUUGUAAAGACGUUUGUGCAGAUAUGUAAUUAUCUACAGGACCCCGAACUUGUAGCAAGGUUUCAACAUUUCUGCGGCGUUGAAGGAACAUUUCCGGAUGCACCGAACGCACCGGACAGCGGGGUGUCUGAGCCGGACCAUCCUGGGCUGAGGAAGCGGGUCCAGCAAGGUGCCCAGAGCUCAGAUGCAGGUGUUGGAAAUGGAGCAGCCGGAGAUGGUCCUACGCCGCAAGUUAACGGGAUGCUGGGUGACGACACCACCGGGCCCGAUGGCUCAGCAGCAGCAGCAGACUCAGAAACCACCAUAGCAAAACCCCUCCGGAGGAACUCACUGACCGGGGAUUCCGGUCAGGAGUUCCUGAUCCACAACAAGUUUCUGUUCUACCUGUUCACGUUUGGCACUGAGCUGGGCAACGAGAUGUUCUUCAUCAUCUUCUUCCCCUUCGUCUUAUGGAACAUCGACGCCCUGGUCAGCCGGAGACUCAUCGUGGUCUGGGCCUGGAACCUGUUCGUGGGACAGUCCACCAAGGACAUGAUCCGCUGGUCCCGGCCGGCCUCUCCUCCUGUGGUAAAGGUGGAGGUCUUCUACAACUCCGAGUACAGCAUGCCGUCCACGCACGCCAUGACGGGCACGGCUCUGCCUUUCUGUCUCUUCAUGCUGACCUACGGACGGUGGCAGUAUCCUUUCCUCUUGGGCUUCUGUGUGGCUCUCAGCUGGAGUGUCCUGGUCUGUGUAAGCCGAGUCUACAUGGGGAUGCACUCCGUUCUGGAGGUAAUCACUGGCUUCCUGUACACCCUCCUUAUUCUCGCCUUCUUCCAACCAAACCUGGGAAGGAUUGACAACUACUACAUGAUGGGGAGCUACGCUCCACUUAUGAUUAUCGUGUCACAUGUGGGCUUUGGACUUGUGGCUUUCUCUCUGGAUUCAUGGAGCACCUCUCGGGGCGAUACAGCUCAAGCACUGGGCACUGGGGCAGGAGCUGCUUUAGCUUCCCACGUGAACUAUCUGCUGGGCCUCCAGCUGGAUCCUCCACUGUCGUCGCUUCCUCUAACGUUGCCAUCACUCAGCGUUAGCUUGGUGUUGCGCUCCAUGCUGCGCUUCUUCAUCGGAGUCGCCGUCCUCCUCGUCACGAGGAUGAUUAUGAAAGCAGUGACUAUUCCUUUCUUAUGCCGACUGUUUGGGCUGCCCAUGGACGAUGUAAGACAGGCGAGGCAGCAAAUGAAAGUGGAGCUGCCAUAUCGUUACAUCGUCUACAGUGUUGUGGGUUUUAGUUGUGUGUGCUUUGUGCCUCUCCUCUUUAAGAUCUUAGGUCUUGCCUAACUGUUGUGUGCAAACUGCCAUGUCCUGUUGAUAUGGUGAACAUGCUGCUUGUUUUGACACAAGGGAAGGCUCUGUUUCUGCAUGAUAAAGGACGUUUUAAAGGAUAAAUCCUAUGGUAUUAUGCGUUUCCAUUAUCGUUAAAUCCCAUCAAAAGACUAGAAUCAGUAAUGAAUCGAUCGACAGUGUCGUGUGUAUCCAGCCAGAGGGGUGUACUACGAAGUUGGAUUAAUGGUUUAAAGUGCUGUGUCGAGCAGUUGAAAGUUUCAACUGAGGGCUCACUCACCACUAAAAUAAUUAACUUGAAUUAAAAUGUUUAUUUUACGGCUCUGUGGGAAAAAUCCCAAGAUUAAUGAUUUUCUGCAGCAUUAAUCUCUUGUCAUUUUUAUGUUAUCUUUAUGAAUCACCAAUUUUUCAUCUGAUAACAUUUCUGAUCGACUAGGCGACAGACAUAGGGAACCUUUUGUGCAGAAGAAGAAGAGUCACAUGACCCGUGAAAUGCACUCUUUGUUAGCAUUGAGAAAACCUCGCCUAACAGUGAACGAUAAGAACCACUGUUGUCAUAUCUGUUAUCUCCAACUGUGGUUUUAGGUUUUGUUGAGCCAGCUGAGGCAAAGAAAGCCUGGCUUUGGUGAACUUUGUUUGUACUACACCCCUCGGGUGUGACGUUUCAUUACCAUGAGAACAACAGCUCGCGUAUGCAGUCAUGCUGAUACAGAUAAACCACAAGUAUUAAUUAUUUAUGAGUAAUUAUUUGCUAAAAACUGCAAAACCCAUUGGCUUAAGUUUAAGAGCUGACAGCCAUGCUCUGGAGGAGUUUAAAAGUAAUGUGACUUUUGGUUUUGAUCUUUUUGGGGGAUUUGUUGAAUUAUUAAAUGGAUGGGAUAUCACCUGCCUUAUCCUUUAAGAUCCAUCUGUGGUCAACACAUUUAAGUGUUAACUGGAGCUACAUAAAUAUAAAGUACUGUAAUGAUGCUCAUAUUCAUCAUUGUGGAAUCUAUUGUUCAAAUAUAACUUUUUUUGUUUUUGGAGAGUUUGACUCUUUGAAAUUAAACCAAAAUAUUAAUCUGUAAAUCAAAGCGAUGAAAAAUACUGUAAGUAUUUAAGCUUCCAGGCGUCAGGACAUUUAAUGAUCUGUAUGUAAAUACGCAGGACUCUUUACCUUUUAGUGGGUCGUAUAUGUCAUCAGUAUUUUUCUACAUUUCCAUAUUCAGCGUUGUCCUGUGUAACUUUGGCCCAAAUUUAGGUUAAGUCGAUUGAUA